CCUCGACGCCGACGACAUAUUUCACGGACAACACACGCACAUUUUGCAUCAACAAAACAGUUAUGGUGGUCACCCGAAGGGCGCCACCGGCCCCCGUGCCAACGUCGCGCACAAACUCAGCCCAGCCGAUACCCAGAGUAAAGGCCAGGGUCCCGCCUACGUCCGCACCAGACGCGUCCAGUCCGCUUGCGAACGGAGGCUCUGAGGCCGACACAGACGACCUGCCCGCGUCAAACAUGCUCGAGACUGCCCUGCUCGACUCGUCAUCCAAAAAGGGCAACGGCAGUAGUAAGAGAAAGCUGAAAAAAGGGAAGCACUCCCGCAGAAAGAGCACUAGCUUUGUGGAGUUACUGACCCGCGUAUUCCUCCUAUGGUUCACGAUCUAUACCCUAUCUGUAUGCCCAAAUGACGAGUCGCUCAAAUCUCCGCUCUGCCGCGGACUGUACCAUUACCGCAAACUCGUUUUGGAGCCCUUUUUACUCCCACCUAUUCAACUCGCUCUUGCACAUCCCUCCGUAGCACCCUAUGUCCAGCGCAGCAAGCCGUACAUCGACCGUACCAUCGCCGUAGUCAAGCCUAUUGCGCUCCGUACACAGUCGGAGUGGAACAACCGCGUAGCGCCCCAGUGGAAGAAACGCGUCGUACCUCAGUGGAAUAGGCAUGUCAUACCCCAGUACAUACAGCACGUCCAGCCCUACGUCACGAAAGUGGAACAGCAAGUUGCCCCGUAUGUCUCGAGGUUUCAGACAGAGUACGGGACCAAAGUCGACCCGUAUGUCCGUGCAACCGUUAUCAGCCUUCACAGGUGGCAGCAACAGGCACGUCCCUAUGUCGUGCUUGCUGCUCACAAGACCUACGACGGGUAUCUGCGCGCGAAGCCGUACGCCGUUCCUAUUAUCCGGCAGAUCCAGCUCCUGUUGCUCCAGUUCGCUCGAUUUUUGGGCGAGCAGCGGCGUCAAUUUGUCGAUCCCCACAUCAAGACAAUCUGGGAGCGAGUAAACGAGCUAGGCAAUGGGGAUGCGACAGAGAGGUCGCAAGCACGAAGCAGUAUCUCCGCAUCCUUCUCUGAGGCCGCGGCAUCUGUGUCAUCUUCCGUGCGGCCUGCUGCGCAGACAUCCUCGUCCUUCAUUCCUGCGGCCUCGGAGGCUGUCGUUGGAUCGGCAGUUUCUGUUCUGCCAGACAUCUUGCUCGAGUCGGAGUCCCCUACUGCCAUACCCAUUACCAACCCCGUCGCAGCACUGACUGAUGCUGUACCUUCCGCAAGCGGCGUUUUUUCGUCCACAAGCAUCGCAGCCGAACAUGCUAUGUCGACCGUCUCAUCUAUGAUGGAAGAUCUUGCAUCGUCGACCUCGAGUAUUGGGUCACCUGCUUCCUCUGUACUUUCCACCGGAUCGUCUCUGUUCCUUGAUGAGGCCCUUCCAACCGCUUCGUCAAUCGCGGUCGAGUCUAUUGUGGAUCCGGUCUUGUCGCUCGCUGCACGGGUCGAGUCCUCUACCUUCAGCCUCAACGAUGAAGCCUCCAGCGCCGUGUCAUAUGCAUCAGCAUCUGCCGUCAGUGUCGCCCCCGAAGCUUUGUCAACAGCCUCCUCUGUCAUCCGCGCGGUUUCGGAAACCAUUCUGUCUGCCGCCUCAACAAUUGCGACCCCUGCCGCGAUUGACGACGACGACGACCUGGACUUUGCCAAACUCUUCGCGGACCUUGGUCUCGAGGAAGACUUCUUACAGUCCGAUCACAAAGCAUCGGGGACUGCAAGCACUGCUCCUGCGGCUGAGACCGAGUCUGAAGAAGAGAAGGCCGAGAAGCUACGUCUUCGCAGCCAGCAGAAUAGGAAGACACGCGCGGAUAUCACCGCUCGUCAUACUGAGUGGGAGGUGCAGCUCGAGGAGCGCAUCGUGCUCAACCGCAAGGCUCUGAGACAGGCCCUCGUGGCCAUAAGGAAGGCCGCUACCGCAGAACUCAAGGAAACUGACGAGAUUCGGAACGAGAUCGAGGGUCUCGUGGGAGAGACUGAGAAGUAUCUGCGGGGCGCUGAGAAGUACCUCAGUAACCUCAGAGGAGAAUCGCGGACCGUUGAAGAGAAAAAGACUAUCUGGGAGAAGGUGGUGGAGAAGGUAGACGGUAAAUUUACGGAAAGGCUCACUCAGACCGAAGCUGUGGUGAACGGCUGGUAUCUGCGUGUUGCCGAGAAGGAGCUGGCGGAGGUUCGACGCCUUGCGGGCGAGGUGAAGGACAUCACGGACCGCGCGCAGGCAGACAUUGGCCUCGAUUACGCUUGGCUGGAAGAUGUGACCUAUAGAGACUGGCAGCGCUACCACGCGCUGGAGCGGAAGAGCCAGGAGUUCCUGCAGCAUGCAAUGUCAGUCCAGAAUGGCUCCCACCCAUCGCCACCGAUCAACCCUGUGCUCGUCGCAAUUGAAGACCUGCAAAACGAGGUGGAAGAUGUGGUCGUCGGUUUCGAAACUCGUCUUCGGCGGAUCAAGAGGAGUGGCGAGCGCGCUUUCGGUGGCGCUCCUGAGGAGUCCGAGUCCGAAGUUCGCGAUGACCACGAUGACGAGACGGUUUCGAUCCUUCCUAUCGAAGACGAGUCGUACAAACGCAUGGAGGACGAAGAACCUGUUGCCGCGCCCCCUGUUGUCAUUGGUCGCGGUGCAGAGGAGGUAAUGUCAGCCCUUGAUCGCGCCGCGGAGAUUGAGGCGCAUGCCACGUCAGUCCCUGAGGAAGAAUCAGAAAAUCCUGAGCAAGUGGUCGAGGCUCUGGCUCAGGAGGCUGCGGCAGACGACGUGCUCUCAUCCCGCUACUACCCGGAGCAUACUGAACUAUGACCGACGAUCUUCAUCUCGCUUGUAGUAUGUCCAUAUACUCUGAGCCGUUUUGUUCUUUUAAAUUAAGGUCAGUGAUUGGUAUUAACGCACACUCCUACAUUACCGCAUCUGUUUGAUUUUUCUCCGCCCGGCCUUCGUUCGCUCUAAACUGUUGUUUAUGCACUCCUUAGCUCGCGUCCUGUGUCCCCGAAUUUGAUGUUUUCACACAUGGUCUACUCUCGUACAUAUCAAUUUCGAGCUUUCUGUACACCUGCGGUCUAUUGAUU